UUCAAAGCCAUUUGGGGCCUUAAAAAUAACCUAACGUCUUUGCCUCUUUGUAUUUCUCAUUCUCCCAAUUUUAUAAACCCUCCUUUUUCAGUUUUUAGACAAAAAAAAACCCCCUUCAAAAAACCCCAUUAUUUUUGUCUCUCUGUAUACAUGCAAGUAUUUGUAUCUAUAGUUUAAAGAACAGGAGAGACCAGAGCCAGAGAGAUUAUAGUCGAUUUGGUGUUUUGGAGAUCUCAAUUGUCCAUUUUUCCGGGUUUUGGGAGAGAAAAAAUGGGUCGAGGCAAGAUUGAUAUCAGGAAGAUCGAGAAUGUUAACAGUAGGCAAAUCACUUUCUCAAAGAGACGCACUGGCCUGUUAAAGAAGGCACAUGAACUGGCUGUUCUUUGCGAGGCAGAGGUUGCGGUUAUAAUUUUUUCCAAUACGGGAAAGCUUUUCGAGUUUUCCAGUUCCGACAUGAAGAGAAUACUUUCGAGGUACUACGAGUGCCGGGGUCCAAUUGAGGUUCUCACACCAGCAGUCAAUCCUGAGGAACCCAAGGAGGUGGACUUGCUCAAACUCGAAAUGGAAAAGCUUACAUCAAAGCAUAGGCAAUUGUUGGGUAAAGACCUCACCGGGAUGAGUGUACAAGAACUGGGUGCACUCGAACAACAACUCAAUGAAGGCUUGUUAAGCAUAAAGGAGAGGAAGGAGAAACUAUUGCUGCAGCAACUAGCACAAUCCAAAAUGCUGGAAAAACAAGCCAUUCUGAAAAACGAAGCUUUACUCAAACAGGUAGAAGAAUUUAAAGGUUUCUUUGCAUCCACUGGACAAUUGGCACCGCUUGUCAUAAACGACACUCCCAUGGAAAAGAAUGAUUCUGAGAGCAAAGGAGGUUCUGGUAGUCGUGAAACAGAAAAUAGCUGGCUCGAUGAUGAAAUUUACGACACCACUUUGACCUUGUGGCCAACAUCCAGUGUUUGUCGAAAAAGGAAGAUGUCUAGUGGUGAAGCUAGUACAAGUAACACUGAGACUUAAGGGCCCAUUGCGAUCCUUCUCCUGUUGUAUACUAUCCUUCUGUGCAAUAGGAUUAAGUGGACAGAAAUCAAUCCAGUUUAGUGUGCUCAAAGUUAUGUUGAAGCUACCUUUAAUUACUUUUUUCUUCUUGCAACUGGACUUUUGUUUUUUCAAUUUUAUUUCAGACGAUGUCCUUUAUGGAUCUCGACUUCGAGAUCGAGAAAUUACUAGUUAUAUAGGUACUGCAGGUGUUGAAGCUGCAGCAAUCUUUUCAUUCUGCAAUGAGAUUAGUGUGCAGCCGGGUACUUGGUGUUCAUAAUUUUGUUUCUUUUCUUGCCUGUCCGCUCUAUAUCAGACUAGUAAGUGUGUUGCACGUUUUAUAUAUCAAUAAAUGAUAUACUUACUAUUUUUGAAUUACUAA